AUGAAGUCGCAAGCACUGAUUAUUUUAGCUCUUACAGUUAUUGCUGUAAACGCCACUUUGGGGACUGAUGUCUCAACUGCAGUAUCUGCAAGCCAAUGGAGCUGCUUGAAAAGUAACUCAAGAGUAUUUACAAUUAUCCGUGGGUAUCAAAGUUUCGGACAAGUUGACCCUAACGUUGUGAAUAAUAUUAAAAAUGCAAGAGCAGGAGGCCAAGCUGAUGUAGACGUAUAUAUUUUCCCUUGUGUUACCUGUGGAAAUCCAGCAGGACAAGCUACAGCACUAGUUGAUGCUAUUAGAGGGCAAAAUUAUGGAAUGGUUUGGAUUGAUAUUGAAGUGUAUCAAUGGUCAAGCAGCUUAACUUCCAAUCAAGCUUUUAUUACAACAAUGGCCAAUACACUUAAAAAUCUUGGACAGCAUGUCGGAAUUUAUACAAGCUACUAUAACUGGCAAAGCAUUGUAGGGCUCAGCUGGAGUGGAGUUUCCUGGGCACCUCUUUGGUAUGCUCAUUAUGACAAUAACCCAAGCUUCAGUGAUUUCCAAGCUUUCGGAGGCUGGUCAAGCCCUGCUAUGAAGCAGUAUAACGGAUCCAGCACCAUUUGUGGAGUUGGAGUAGAUCUCGAUUGGUAUUAA